UCAAGAGGAGGCCCGAGUGGGUAUGCGGAGCGAGGGGACGGAGAGGAGGGGGAGGAGGAGAACUUGUGGCUUAAGGAUCUGCUGAGUAGGCAGAGAGGAGGGCAGGGGGGGAUGGGGGGAGUCGGAGGGGGAGGGGGAGGGGGAGGCGGAGGGGAAGGUGCAGGGGAUGGGGAGAAUACCUCGGGCAGCAGCAGUGGGAGUGUGUGGAGGGGAACGAUGGGGGGCACUCUCGCCAGUGCCGGCGACGGGGUGACCGUGACUUUCAGCGGCACUGGCGUGCAGUCUGAGGUGAUUCUCAGGUGACAGGGGAGGAAGGGAGGGCAGGGACAGGGGUUGCGCGACAACACGGGCAGCAGCAGUGGGAGUGUGUGGCAGAAUUGCUGCCGAUGGGGUGACUGUGACUUUCAGUGCACUGGCAAGAAGUCUGACGUCAUUCCCAGGUGAAAAUGGAGUGG